AUGUGUAAUCGUAAUACAUCGUUAACGGAUCCAACAGCGGAUUUUGUUUUAUCAGAUUUAUUAACAGCAACUGAAGAUUUAAUUGAUUUUACUAUUAAUGUUUUCGAUACCAUACGUCUUCAAUCACAUUUCAAUGAUCGAAAUCGACGUGUUAAUCUUGCGUCACAAUUAAAAGAUGCGUUAGAUGCACAAAAAACUGAAUUUGGUACUAUUGAAAUUCCUAUUAAACCAUGUACAGUAACAACAACAUUAAAAUAUGAUCUUAGUCUUUAUCUUGAUCGUAUUUUACAAUCUUGUAAAAGAACAAAAGCAAAUUUAAUGUUAUUACGUGUAUCACGUACGCGUUCAACAAAUACAACUCUUUUACUUGUUGCUUCAACCAAUGUUCGUGUUGAACAGUUAAAUAAAAAAGUUCAAUUAUUAACACGUCUUGUUAAAGAAAAUGGUGGUGAAUUUCAAACAAAGAAAAAAAAGAAGAAAAAAAUUUUAUCAAAUACAAAACUUGAUGAAAAAAAUCGAUCGGAAUGGACACUUGAUUAUCCUCCAUUAUUUGCUCAUUUUGAAUAUGGUUUAUCAAAACUUGCUUAUUAUUUCGAUCCUGCAAUGCUUGACAUCAAUAAUUUAAAUUAUGCAAGUGAAAAAACAAAAUUAUUUCAACGAUUAUCCGUAAUUGGCAGUGAAAUUAUUUUAGUAUUCGCAAUUUUUUCAUUAUUAAAAACAAUGCAAAUUGGUAGAAAAAAUCAUGAUAUACCAAUGCCAAUUAUUCAAAUGUUAUUCGCAUUAAGUUUACUUGCUAAUUUUGGUCUUAUUAUCGUCGAUCAUAUUCAUUUUCAAUACAAUGGAUUUUUAUUAGGUAUCUUAUUGAUAUCCAUUAGUUGUAUGUAUCAAAAUCAAUAUCUUAUGAGUGCAAUCUGGUUUUCAACAUUACUUAAUUUAAAACAUAUUUUUCUUUAUAUUGCACCAGCAUAUAUUGUUUAUCUAUUUUAUUCAUUUUGCAUAAAACAAAGUCCUAAUGGGAAACGUUUUAUAAUCAAUUUGAUAACACUUGGAAUAGCUACUCUAGUUCCAUUUGUAUUAUCUUUUGGCCCAUUUAUUUUAAUGAAUCAAUUACCACAAGUACUGUCACGAUUAUUUCCAUUUAAACGUGGACUUUGUCAUGCUUAUUGGGCACCGAAUAUUUGGGCCGUAUACAAUGUUGUUGAUAAGGCUUUAGCAAUUAUUGGACGAUAUACUCAUUUAUUUUCUGUUCGUUCUGUAUCUGUAUCGAUGACGUCAGGUCUUGUACAAGAUAUUGAACAUCAAGUAUUACCUUCUAUAACUCCUACAAUGACAUUUAUUCUAACAUUUAUUUUUAUGAUUCCAAGUUUAAUUCGAUUAUUUCGUUAUUGUUCUAAAAGAACAUUUCUUGAAACUGUUAUUCUUUGUGCACUUACAUCAUUUCUUUUUGGAUGGCAUGUUCAUGAAAAAGCUAUUUUAAUUUCAAUUAUACCACUUAGUUUGUUAGCAUUCGAUAGUCGAGAACAUGCUCGUUAUUUUCUUCUACUUUCAACAUUUGGUGGAUUUUCACUUUUUCCAUUGAUAUUUACUGGGCCAGAAAUCCCAAUUAAGAUUGGACUUUUCAUAGCUUAUACAACAUUUCUUUUUUAUAUCCUCGGUGAAGUACAUGGUGAUCGUGGUUCAACAUUUACUCUUCCAUUACUCAAUCGAUUCGAAACUUUAUCAGUUGUUUUAUUGGCUCCACUUUGUCUUUAUGUCGAAUGUUUACAUACAGUAUUACAUAUCGAUCGUAUUUUACCAUUUUUACCUUUGUUACUUAUUUCUAUCUAUUGUUCGAUUUUUAUUAUAUAUUGUUGGAUUCGAUUACAUCGAAUCGAAGCGCAUUCGGAAGAUGAAUUAACAGCUAUUGAAUCUACUGUUAAAUUUAGUGGACGAUGGAAUAAGAAACAAAAAAACAAAUCUGAUUAA